AUGUAUCCGCCGCCUUCUCUGCCGGGGCGAGCCCCCGCGCCUCCCGACUCUGCUCCCCCGCCGCCUCAGGGGUUUCUGAGGCCGUCGCCCUCGUCCUUUCCUCGGCCUCCCGCCUACUUCCCGGCUCCUCCUGCCGAGGGCGGAAGGGCGAGCGGAGGCGCUCAGCGCGGCGCUCCGCCGCCUGCCUUCUUCUCUUCCCAGACCCAGUUCGCGUCGACAUAUGCCGUUGCCUCUCAGCCUCUGCCGCCUCCGGACCCGCACGAAGUCUUCGGAGGCCGCCCAGGAGCAGCCGCGUUCUCUGCUGUGUCCAACACCAUGUCUGCCUUCGCAAGCUUUUCUUCCUCCGCCACGCCCGGCUCCAGGAGGAGUCCCACCGCCUCAGGGGCGCGCAUGCAUGCGACGAACCUCGCGGGGCUGCGCAGCGGGGUCGAGCGUCGCCAGCUGGGCCCCGGGGGCUCUUCGCAGAGCUGCGCGCCCGAGGGCCUUCCUCCAAAAGAAGAGCUUGCGUCCGGUUUUGGCUAUUUUGGACAGCCGCGCGACGCAGAGGGAGGCUUUCGCGGAUACGAGGCCGAACGCUUCAACCCCGAAACCACUGACCCUCUCUCCCGCCACCCUGGCCUCUCCUACGGGGCGCACGCCUCCCUAACUCAGGUUCAUGGUCAUCAGUUUCCGCCCUUCUCCUCUCCCUUUCCUUCCUCUGCCUCCGCUGCAUGCACUGGCGUCCCUGCUGGACCUGGGUUCGAAAUCGAGACCGAGGGCGGCUCUCUCGCUCAGGUGUACGUACAGGGGAAGAGCCGUUACGGCGUUUCUUCCCAGUCUGGCCAGAGGUGGGGGCCUUCCGACGAGACAGAAGGUUCGGGUGCCGAGCGAAGAGAAGGCGCAGGCUCGGCUCUUUCUUCGCUUCCGCCGAAGCUCCAAGCUGACGGGUACUACGUGCCCAGGACGGGUUCUGCGCAGUCGGAUUUCCACUUCUCUGGUGUGCGUCCAGGCCACCUGGGAGGCGACAUCCCCCCGCCUCCCGCGCAUGCCGACACCGUUCCGCCCGCGAUGGGCGUGCCGCUCUCGCAGCGCAUGCAAUUUGCUGCGGAUGUGGCAGCGCCUGCUUCUUCGCGUCCGCUGCCGGUCGCAUGCGGCGCGGCGCCUCGGUCUGAAGGCCGAGAGAAACCGGACGACACGGCCGACAGAGACAGAGAGCUCAGCUGCUUCUACGACUCUGGACGGGAUCCGCGCGUGGUGUAUGGAGCACGGAGCAGGCGCGCAGGGGGAAGUGGCGGCGAGGGGAAGGCGACUCUCUUCGACGCUUCUUUCCCCUUCGCUGGCAUUGAGCGCGGCCUCGACCUGCCACGGACAAAGGAAGACAAAGCGGAGGACAAAAGAGGCGCCGCGCUGCCAGGCGACGCCCGGGCCGCACCGCUGGUUAAGACAGAGAAAGACGCGGGAACCUCCCAGCGAAGCGAAAAGUUAACGAAAGAAUGGAAACCUGUCAACCUGCUGCCUCUCCAGUUGGAACCUGUAGACCGAGUUGACGAUGCACUCCACUCGCCCUUGCUCCCUGACAUCGACAGUCUGUGCGAUCCGUACACGUGCUCGAGCGCGCUCGCCCUCGAAGCCGCCACCCCGUUGGGCUCUGACGACGAGGCAGGCUUCGUCGGCUCCGAGAGGCUCGAGAAGAAGCGCGCAGACAGAGACAGGUCUCGCGUCGCAGAGAAGGCGCAGGCCAGCGAAGCAGCAGACAAGACACACACGCAAGCUCAGGGGGAAAAAAAGCUGCGAUUCCUCUCGUGUGCCGAUCCCCUUCAAGCGGUGUGGCGUCUCCCGCUGGAACGCUUCAACCCCUGUCUGCUUGUCCCACGAAUUGUGUGCGAGGAGGAGGGCUGGCUGCCAGGGACAACGACUCUGGCCGCGUACGGUUUGCCGCCGGACUUGUCGGCCUCGUUGGUGUGCGAGUUGUUGCUGGAUUUGUUUUUCUCUGCUGCGGGGAUUUCAUGUCCCUCCGCCUCUUCGGCCUCUCCCACUUCGUCCUUUGCCCCGGCGGCUUUCGAGGAUCCCGCGGGCGACGAUCUCGGCUUUCUGUCGCUCUACGAUCCGCUGCUCCCGCCGUCCGCCCCAGCCCUGCUCCCACCGGCAGCUGCGCGUUCGCCUUUCCACGGGUCUCACGAUUCGAAAGAAGACGCUUGCGUUUGGCGCCGCUCCCAUGCGCCUCCUCAGAAACGGCGCGAGUCGCGCCCUGGAUCGCCCUUCUCCCCGCUCUUCUCCUCUCCGAAACAAGAUCUGUUUGCCUGGCCUCGGCCGACGGAGAAGCCGCUCAUGGCGCAUGCAGACGCUGUGGGCCUUGAGCGAGUCGAGUUGAUUGUGUCGCGCGCGGACGAGUCGAGUGAGAAAUACGCCUUUUCGGACGACUUUGUCUCGCCCUUGCUGCCUGUUUCGCUCUCGAGUGCCUACUCGCCGGCGUCCGCCGCACCGUCCGUGUUCGCCAGGUGCCCAAGUCUGCCUCAGCAGACUCUCCAGACGGGUCGAGAAGACGAGAAGUCCGCGAAGACGCCGUUCGCCGCCGGACUCGUGGGCCGCGCGGGCCCCGGCGCACGCGGCGGCGCAGGCGCCGACAUCUUCACGAAUCUGAAGAGAAAGUCUGGCCGAGACCUCAGCAGCCAUUCCUUUGACUUGCUGCGCAGCCAGCGAGCGAAGGCGAAGAGCGGGAAACCCCAGGAGCUUCCGGGCAUGGCCCUCCUCAAGUUUGCUUCCGAAAGAGACGCGAAACGCUUCUGGCUGGUCUUCUCGACGGGGAACUGCCAGGCCUACGGCUACACGCUGCUGCUGUCUCCCGAUCCGUCGGGUCUUGCCGUCUACACGGAGGCUUUGGCGUCUUCGGUUUCUUUGUCGGAGUUGCGCGUUCGCGUCGAAACGCUCGGUCCGUUUCCCCUCCAGAGGAAGGCGCCUGGUGUCAAGCCGCUGUCGCCGUCUGCUCUUCCGCUCGCGAUGGCUCUCCGGCCGUCCGCCUCUUCGGCCAAGCCGGUAGUCGCCGAGUGUCCCCUCGUCUCCUCCGAGUCGCUGGCCCUGGCCCGGGAGGCCGCGGCGGCGUUGAACGCCGCAUGCAGGUGGAACGCGAAGUCGCAAAAGUGUGAGUUUGUGUUUCCAAGCGAAGACGCGCUUCUCCUGCCUUGUGUGGCGCUGCACACCUUUCCGCCUGCAUCUGACGGCCACACAGUCACGGCGCUUCUUCUCGCAGUUCCCACGCAGCGUCUGGCUUCUUCCGCGGCUUCCAGAAAAGCGACGGAGACACGUGAAGGGACUCAAGUGGAGCUCCGGCUUCUGCCUCUCGCCGUGCGUGAUCUGUGGACGAAGAAGGAGACGCGCUCUGGGUCUGGGCCCGCUGCGCCGGCCACGCGGCCGCUGCCCUCGGGCCGGGGGGCGGGGAAGGCGGGCGGGGCGCAUGCAGCUCUCGCAGGUUCAGCUCAUCUCACCAAAUCCCCUGUCCCGCCGAAAGAGACCGAGACGGCCGGCGCUGCGGCGGCAGGGGAGGCCCUCGAGGCUCACCUCAACUCGAUGUUCGAGGCGGCUUCUGGCGGCCAGAAGGGGCUCGCGGAGACAGACGCCGCGGCUGGGAGUGGUGCAGGAGACGCAGGCGUCGGCAGUGGGAAAAGGCGACCAGUCGAAGGCCAGAGUCGCGCCGGGGCCCCUCUCGCCGAGAGGCCGGAAGAGCGAACUGCGGGCAAGGGAGACGAGCAAAAGGGGAGGCAACCAUUGUCUCUCGCUCGCGGGGCCAAGCCCCCACCCGUCGUCGCCCAACGCUCGAAUGUGUGUGCGGCGAAAAAACGCCCUGGAGCCGGCGCAGCUGGAUCUGUCUCCUUUGUCUCCGGGGCUGUGGGGUCUGCAGGGGCCUUGGGGAAAGGGGCACCUGGCGCGGGCGCGGAAGACGCAAAGUCGGAUGAGAGUCAAGGCAAGGCGCCGUCAACUCAGCCGCCCGACGGGCCCUCUCUGCAUCCUGCAGCUUCGCCCCUCCUCUCCGCGUCAGGUGCGGCUCGAGCUGUCUCAGCCCCUGGAAUCCGAGCCGCCGCCGCGAAGUCUGCGAUCGGGCGAGGCGGCGUUGGAGGCUUCGCGGGGACUCCGCAGACUCCCGACGGCGCGCCUCAGCGGGGCACAGCUUCGCUACCUUCGCUGGCAGGCAAGGGCGAGGGCCCGAAAGGGGCGAGGGACGGCUCUGUGGGGCGUGCCGCGCCGGGGGCGAGAAGGGACGAGAAGGAGAAGGCCGGUCCGCGGGCCGAGGGUGGCGGCGCAGCUCGAGCGGCGAACCAACGACGGGACCCGAAGCAGGAGAAAGCGAAGAGCGAAGGCAACAGGCGGGGAGGGCCGGCACAGGGCAAGCGGGGCCGCGCGAGACGCCGGGGCUCCUCGGAGAGUGACAGCAGCAGCGAGAGCAGUGAGAGCAGCAACAGCUCGAAUUCGAGCGAAUCCUCGAGCUCGGAUGAACACUCGUCGUCAAGCGAGGACGAGGAUUCGCGGAAGCGAAAGAACCGCGGGCCGCGCGACGGACGCAGCUCUCUCGGCGAGGAGAAACGCUCCCCAGUCAAGAAACACCGACUCGUGCGUCACCGCGAAGAAGAGACGGAAGAGUCAGAGGCAGGGUCAGGGGGCGGCGAGAAGCACGCGGGGCAGAGGGAAGAGAAGGAAGAGAAGAAAGGCGCGCGCGGCCGAGAAAGGCGGGAGACUGGAGAGCCUCGUCGCUCGGCGUCUCUGUCCUCCCUUCUGUCGAAGAACGAGGAAGACGGAGGCCCCCCCCUGGCUCUGUUUGGGGAAGAUGAAGCUGAGAAGGGCGACGAACCGGAGAGAGACCGCAGUGGACAGGGGAGCGAGGAAGACGAGGACGAGAAGCUGGGCGGGGCAGGAAAGCGAAAACGACCGGGGGUAACAGGGAGAGGAAGGAAGCGCGGUCGAGGCAAACGCGACGAGCCUGCAAAGGCCUCCACGCCACAGCCCGCACCGACAGGAGACACGAAACGCCGACCAGGUCGCGGAGGCAGACGCUCGACGCCCCACAGCGUUCAUCUCACGGGCGAGCGCGUGCCUGCCGUAGGCGAGAGGGAGGCCGGCUCCGCGUCCGCCACUUUGCUCGCGUCGCGAGACGAAAAAGGUGUCUCCUUAAAGGAGACACCCCUUCUACCAGCACAUGCCCGCCUCUGCUUCUCCCCCACUCGACCCACGACUGGAAACGCUUCGCUUUCAUCUCCGUCGCGGCCCUUGAUUUCGGGACGAAGCAACGCAGGAGACAGAUGCGGAGACAGUGGGGCCGCAGCUGCCUCCUCUCCGCGCGCGAGGACGCCCGAGGACGGCACUGGCGAGGGCGGCGAGGAUGGCCGAGGGAGGCCGAGGGCGGAGACACCUCUGUCGGCAGCCCAUAGCGGCAGGACCCGAGGGUCGAAACGGCGGCGGAGUGAAGGCAGUCUUCCGCCGCGGCGCUCGAUCCGGUUGCGCGGCGACGGGAAUUCGGCGUCGCCCUUUUCGCAGAUACCACAGGCGCCUUCGUUCCCUGCAGUUCCCGCGUCUCCGCCGUCUGUCUCCUCGCCAGCCUCUGUGGCGAGUGGAGGCGGCGCCGGCGAGAUGGGUCUGCUGGCGCGCCGCGGCCGAGUGCCGCAGUCCCCGCGAGCAGGCCGCGUGGGCUCAGGCUCGCCCCAUUCGGUGUCUCUGUUUGUGGACGGCGAGGGUGAAGACGCUUCUCCGGGCGCCGAGAGCCUCUCCGGCGCUGCCUCGCCGGGGAGUCGAGGCGACCGACGGAAGGAAGGCAGGACAGGGGACAGCAGCGGGGACGGUGUCUCCGCGUCGGGCGCGGUUGUGGAGUCCAACACUGUGGGGCGACUGUCGGGCCACUCGCCGGCUGGGGACCAAGACGGUGUCGGUUUCCCAUCAAAGAGGAAGGGGAAGGGCGCACGCCAGUGA